AUGACCUCCCUACCAUACACCACCCAAGCUGCUGGGAGCAACAGCCAAGAUGAGUAUGCUAUUCUCGAAGAGCCUCUGGGUACUACCCGUCAUCUCCGCAUUGUUACAAUCGGAGCUGGAAUAAGUGGAUUGAAUAUGAUACGGGCUUUGCGGAAGACAAUGUCAAAUUAUGAGCAUGUUGUGUACGAAAAGAACCCCGAAGUCGGAGGAACUUGGUACGAAAACCGCUACCCAGGCUGCCAAUGUGACCACCCAUCGCACAACUACCAGUUUACAUGGAAUCCAAACGCGAGAUGGUCGCAGUUCUCUGCCAAAGCACCUGAGAUCCAGGAGUAUAUUCUUCGCUGUUGCGAGGAGGAAAAUAUGCGUCCCGAGAUAAAGCUUUCACAUCAAAUCGUUGGCGCAUGGUGGGAUGAUGCUUCCAGCCGAUGGAGUUUGAAAAUCAGGAAUCUAGUCACAGCGGGAAUGGUAGAUGAUCAUUGCGACUUUAUUCUGAACACUACCGGGAUUCUGAAUAAUUGGAAAUGGCCGGAUAUUCCAGGAUUAAAUGAUUUCAAGGGAGAUCUUGUCCAUAGCGCUGCUUGGAAAGAAGAUUUUCAAUAUCAAGGCAAACGAGUUGCUGUCAUUGGAAAUGGAUCUUCGGGGGUACAGAUUGUGCCAGCAAUCCAACCGGAUGUCGAGGAGCUUGUACAUCUUAUUCGCUCGCCAACUUGGAUUGCCCCGCCCCAAACCGAGCGAAUGCUAAAAGGUGCAUCCGCCGAGGUCAUGAAGUCAGCCCGCAUGGAUGGCGAAAAAUUCACACCAGAGCAGAUAGAACGAUUCGCGGGGGACUGGGAGUAUUAUCGGUCUUUUAUCAAGGCCACAGAGGAGCAGGUCAAUGCUCGCUUCAGAACCAUGGUGAACAACGACGGACUUGCCGAUCAGCUCCAGCAGAAUCUUGUAACUCACAUGAAAGGUGUUCUCAAAGAUGACCCAGACCUUAUUCGCGCAGUUAUCCCAACUACCUUCCCUGCUGGUUGUCGAAGACUCACCCCGGGCCCGGGAUACCUCGAAUCUCUCAGUGAGUCCAACGUGAGAGUAGUCACGGAAGGCAUCCGUAAAAUUCUACCCGGGGGUAUUGUACUCGUUUCAGGGGAGUUUGUGGAAUUAGAUGCCAUUAUCUGUGCAACUGGAUUCGACGUCUCAUUUUGCCCGCGCUUCCCAAUACAUGGGAAGAAUGGUCAUAAUUUGCAAGAUAUUUGGACCAAAAACCUUCCCGCUGCUUAUAUGUCCUGUGCGGUUGCAGAUAUGCCCAACUACUUUGUUUUCAUGGGCCCAAAUGCACCGAUCGGCCACGGCAGUGUACUCAGCAUUGCAGAACAGGUUGCGAGGUAUAUUGUGCGGAUGCUAAAGAAAUGCCAAAUCGAAAAUAUCAAAUCGGUCACCGUCCGCGCCGAAGCAGUUCAGGAAUUCACUCAACAUACGCACACCUUUCUUCCCCGGACUAUCUGGGCGGGCAAUUGUCGCUCCUGGUACAAAAAUGGCACAGUGGAUGGUCCGAUCACGGCUUUGCAUCCUGGGAGUCGAAUUCACUGGUUCCAUAUGAUGGAGAUAUUCCGUCCAGAAGAUUAUGAAUUUGAAUACCAAUGUCUAGAUAAUCGUUUCCAGUUUCUCGGGAAUGGCUUCUCUGUCAGAGAGAGCGCGAAGAACCCGAAGUGGUAUUUGGAACAGCUGGAUGACUUCUCAGAAGCUUUAUUUCCCAGUUAA